UCGCGAGGACUCCAUUUCCCAGCGUGCCUCAAGACGCGAGGACUGCGUUUCGCCGAGAACGUCUGGCGUCGUGUUCCUGAUCCGAACUGCGGUAGCCGAGGCCGAGUCGCAGCCGAUGCUGAGUGGGCAACUGGGCAGGCGCCUGUUUCCCAUGGCCGGCCGCGUCUGUCUGUCCCGGGGCAGCGCGGGAUCGGGGGCAUUCGGUCCUGUCGAGGCCGCCAUUCGCACGAAGUUGGAGCAGGCCCUGAACCCCGAGGUACUGGAGCUGCGUAAUGAGAGCAGCGGCCACGCGGUCCCACCAGGCAGCGAGACGCAUUUCCGCGUGGCGGUGGUGAGCUCUCGCUUCGAGGGGCUGAGCCCCCUGCAGCGGCACCGGCUGGUCCACGCUGCGCUGUCGGAGGAGCUGGCUGGGCCGGUCCACGCUCUGGCCAUACAGGCGCGGACCCCUGCCCAAUGGAGGGAGAACCCUCAACUAGACGCGAGCCCCCCCUGCUUGGGUGGGAGCAAGAAAACCAGAACCCCCUGAAUUCCAGGAGAGAGCGAGGAGCAGGAUCCGAAUGGGUUGUGUGAGAUUUAACUACUGGGACCUCUUCCCUUCAUUGCAGUCCGGUGGUGGUAAUGGAUGAGGACUGCUGGGCCCCAUUCAGCCGCCACAUACAUAUUCUCCAAAGUAGCAACUCAUUUCAGAUCAAAGCUGACCCAGAGAACGAGCAGAAUCACUCGAUACUGCUCUUGCCUUGACUAUUCAGGAAAAGCUGCCCAGUCAUUUCAUGUUGAAUUGUGACGAAGGAACCAACCACCAGAUCUGAUGAUUUGGAAGUAAUCCUGCACAUUAAAAGAAGAAUUAUCAUAUGAGA